UGGUCCGUGUUUAUUACAUGAACUUGACUCAGCUUGAGACGUAAUGGAUUUCUCUUAGGACUGUGUUGGCACCUGUGCGUGGAGAGGGAUUUCAGAGAGUGAUUGAAUGCUGUCACGGGUGGACAGUAAGGGAUUAAACACGGAAGCAUUAAAUCCUGACGCAGCGCAGCUCACCGCUCACUGGAAGCUAAUUCAAAGCUAGCCCACCAUGUAGCAGAGAAUAUGUGUUACACUGGUAUUGCGACAUUUCUGGAAAAUCAUUUACGGCGUAGUGACGUCCUACGUGCUGGUAGUUAUAACAGAACUUUAUCACUUUAUGUUUUCUGUGUAGAUACGAGCCGCAAAAGACCGGAAGUAAACUCUUAAAACCUUAAAAAAAAUAAAAACGUGCAGAAAGAAUAUCUAAAAUCCUCCGAUUUACUGUAUAUGUGCUUGUGAGUAUAACGUCUGGUUUACGUUUGGAUAAACUUUUCUCAUAUUUUAUUCAAACCACUGUGCACUCAGAGUGAUCCUUCAUAAAACCAGUGUUUCUAGUUUGUGCUGGAGUUAUUCUCUCUUCUGAUUAUCAGCAUGGGUAUCAAAGUAGCUGUGAGCUGCAUUGUGUCAUACAUCCUCCUGGAUGUUGUCAUCACCACUGUCCUCUACAUACACGGAUCACAGCUGACCACCUUCACAGACGAUGCUCUGAACUUUAACAUCCACCAGUCUGCACUGGACAUCUGGGGGACCAUGCUGCUCCGAGCCGCCCUCCUGCUGGGAGCCUCUAUAGGCGUGUCAUGGAACAAGGUGGACGCCCCACAGAGGGUCACUAAAUUCACCACCCUUGUUCUCCUCGUGUGCAUGAUUAUCAUCACCUAUUCACUGGUCAAGCUGCUGAUGCUGACUGAGGAGGAGACUGUGAGCCUCAGUCAGCAGCCCUGCCUCUUGAGCCUGAUAUGUUGGACUUGUGCCUCUUCUCUGGUAAUAACGCUGCUCUGGAGGUGGCUGGGGAAGCAGUCUGACUCUGUGAGCAGUCGUAGUGGUUCCAGCAGUAGUAGUAGAGGAGCAAGGGGCUCUGAGGACACUGAAAAGCUGGUGGAGACAAGUGAUGAAGAGGAGCAUGAGGUGGAAUCUGAGGGGAAGAAGGAGGAGGCCAGCAGCUCGGGGGCUACACUGGGACGCCUACUGGCCUACUGCAAAAAGGAUGCUGGGGUGCUCUCUGUUGCUGUCCUCUUCCUCCUCAUCUCUGCAGUGUGUGAGGCUUUCAUUCCAUACUACUAUGGGAAAGCCAUAGACAGUAUUGUGGUUCACCAGAGCAUGGAGCACUUUGCUAAACCUGUGGUCACACUGGCAGCACUGGCCUUAGCCAGUUCACUUGCAAUGGGAGUGCGAGGAGGUGUCUUCACCCUGACAUUUGCGAGAUUAAACCUUCGGCUCAGGAACCAUCUCUUCAGAACCCUGAUGAGGCAGGAAAUUGGCUUUUUUGAUGAGAAUCACACAGGUGACAUCCUUUCACGUCUGUCUGCUGACACCACCCAGGUGAGCGACCUCAUCUCGCAGAACAUCAACAUCUUCCUGCGGAGCAUCAUUAAGGGCACUGGCUUCUUCAUCUUCAUGUUUGGCAUGUCCUGGAAGCUCACACUGGUGACCAUCAUGGGAUUCCCUUUCAUCGGUCUGGUCUCAAAAUUUUAUGGCGAGUACUACAAGAAUCUGACCAAAAAGGUGCAAACAACCCUCGCAGAAGCCAAUAAAGUUGCAGAAGAAACCAUCUCAGCCAUGAAGACGGUACGGAGCUUUGCCAAUGAGAGUGGAGAGGCUGACUCCUAUUACACCAGACUCUUAGCCAUGUUCCAGCUCAACAAAAAACAAGCCCUGGCCUAUGCUUGCUACAUGUGGUCCAGUUGUAUCUCACAGCUUGCUCUAGAGCUGGCUGUUCUCUACUAUGGAGGUCACCUUGUGAUUACGCAACAGAUGACUAGUGGCGCCCUGAUAUCUUUUUUCAUAUACAUGCUUGAGCUGGGCGAAUGUCUUGAGAGCAUCGCAUCAGUGUACACGGGCCUCAUGCAGGGAGUUGGAGCUGCUGAGAAGGUUUUCAAGUAUCUAGACAGGAAACCCAAGCAUCCCUCUGAUGGCACAGAGGCUCCUGACACAUGCACCGGUCUGGUUGAAUUUAAAGACGUCACGUUUGCCUACCCAACACGCCCUGAAACUGAUAUUCUCAAGGAGGUUUCAUUUAUCCUGCGUCCUGGAGAAGUGACUGCUCUUGUGGGACCUUCAGGCAGUGGGAAGAGCUCCUGUGUGAGUCUUCUGGAAAACUUCUACCUUCCUCAGCAAGGCCAGGUGCUGCUGGAUGGAAAGCCUGUUAAAGCCUUUCAGCAUGACUAUCUCCACUCCAAGGUGGCACUCGUGGGUCAAGAGCCUGUGCUGUUUGCCCGCACAGUUGAGGAGAACAUUACUUAUGGCCUGACUGACAUCCCCAUGGAGGCAGUGGUGCAGGCUGCCACAGAGGCUAAUGCUCAUGAUUUUAUUUCCAACCUUCCUAAAGGCUACGAAACAAAUGUUGGAGAGAAGGGCACGCAGUUGUCAGGUGGACAGAAACAAAGGGUUGCCAUUGCAAGAGCUCUCAUCCGUAACCCUCGUGUUCUUAUUCUGGAUGAGGCCACUAGUGCUCUGGAUGCAGAAAGUGAACACAGUGUUCAGCAGGCUCUGAACAAUAUCAUGCGGAACCACACAGUGUUGGUGAUCGCCCAUCGGCUCAGCACAGGGGAGAAGGCAGACAACAUUAUUGUAAUUGACAGGGGCCACGUCGCAGAACAGGGAUCUCACAGUCAGCUGAUGGCCAGUGGUGGACUCUACUCUACGCUGGUGCAGAAGCAGGUCCUGGGCAUGGAGACUGGGGCGGAGGUUCUCAAUUCAUCAGAAAAUGGCAACUGGAAGUCAGGUGGAGGACGGCAGCAGAGAGGACAAAGCAGCAGCAGCAGCAGCCUCAGCGAAUCUGAGUGCAAUGUCCGUUACUGAGAAUGGCCUACAGUGUGUGGAUGUGGCACUGGACUGUAAUAAGGUUAAAA